AUAUGAUAUAUUUGUCUCUCGAGUCCAUUAUAUGUGAGUUUAAUGUCUAAUAAUUGUGACGACGAGUUGCUUCCCAUCCUAUCGGUGGGCAAUGAGACAGAAGGGCCGUCAGUCUCCACAAGACUCUCAACAAGUGAUGAGAUUACUGUUGAAACUGUGAACAGAGGCAGUAGUGGACAGUCGUCUCAGACUACAUGUUCGGCCGCUAUAUUCCUGACGGUCAACGCAACCCUUGGCGCCGGACUUCUUAAUAUUCCGCACGCUUUCAACGAUUCCGGAGGAAUAUUCUGUUCACUCAUUGUUCAAACUGUUUUCGUGAUUUUAAUAAUCGGUUCGCUAUUACUGCUGACGUAUUGCACAGACAUAUCAAACGCCACGUCCUUCCAAGAAGUGGUGUUUGCCUUUUGCGGCCCAAAGAGUCAACAUUUGUGUUCAUUGGCUAUUAUCCUGUAUUCUUACGGCUCUUGUAUUACAUUUGUUAUUAUAAUUGGCGAUCAAUUCGACAGAAUCUUCCUCUCCCUCUAUGGCCCUAAUUUCACUGAUUUAUGGUAUAUGAGGCGUAGCUUCACAAUGACGGCUACCUGUGCUCUACUCGUCACUCCACUGUCUUUCUCCAAGAGAAUCUCAUUCCUGAAGAACGCCAGACUGAACCCGACACUUGGACUGAAGUAUUUUAUAUCGCACCUGUGCUUUGCUUUGCAUAUCAGGUUCGUGUCAAUUAAGUUGGAUUCCCACCUACACUGGAAUGAAGUACAGGAGCGGUUCCACUAGAAUUACGCUGACAAUCAUUAUCUCGAUAGUGAUUUGCUACCUCUCCUACACCCUCACAGCUAUCUUCGGAUUAAUUACAUUCGGUUCCGAUUAUAUAGAAAAUGAUUUGAUGUCCAACUAUGACGCCAACCAUUUGUUUGUAUUGUUUGCAAUCAUCAUAUUAAUUGCAAAGACUAUAACUGUGUAUCCGUUACUACUAUUUUGCGGACGAGUAGCUGCCGAAGACUUUAUACAAAUAAUGGGCCGAAUGUUUUGCUCAAGUGUUGCCAUUUGUGAUAACGCUUCCCGUUAUGAGCCCUUACGAAGAGCUCUCAUUGUAUUGAUUUGGAUUUUCACAACCAUUUUAAUAGCCAUUUAUGUGCCUAACAUAACAAUAGCCAUACAAUUCUUGGGAUCAUUCGCCACACUCUUUGUGUUCAUAUUUCCCGGACUGUGUUUUCUAAACGCGAUUCUCAUAAAAGACAAGAAUUUGCAUUUACUUAAAUACAGAAUUUAUAUUUUUAUUGCAUCUCUUUAUAUAGUUUUAGGCGUUUUCAUAUUCGGACUCACAUUAACUCAAACUAUAAACAAAUAUUUAUUUAAAUUAUAAAAACCCAAAAGAUGGAUAAAAUUCAUGGAAAUAAUGAUCAUGUUUUCUAAAAAGAG